AUGUCGUCGCGAUUCAGCACCCACAAAGCCGGUUUGUUCGUUUCUGAGAUGUGUACCGUAUUCCUGACUUUGUUUUGACAUCUCCUACGUAAAAACUAUUAGUUACCCAGAAACUUUAAAUGUGAAUUAUACGCUCAACUGUCUGAAACGUUUUCCGAGAAAUAAGAGAACAGAAUCUCGUGUUUUUUGUGACUUGUGGUUUACCAACCGAAUUAUUCAGAAGAGAAGCAGGUGAUAUUAUUACUGUGAAAAUUGUAUAUAUUCUAUUGCAUUGGUCUCAUAGCUAGACAUAUAAUCCUGUUUUUUGGAUUAAAUCUUAUGGCUUCACCGCUUCAUGGAAGAAACUUUCCAGGUUGGUAAAAGAAAAACCAUUUUUGUGAAUUCUGAGCCAGGCUGGGCCGUAAAAAACUUUUCACGGCCUUGCACAUCAAAAAUUUUCACGACUUUCGAAUAGCUAUAGAACGGAACAAUUACCAGCCGGAAAACGUAAUUUGCAUACUCUAACAUGAAAUUUCUGGAAAAAAGCGACUAAUUUGCUGGCCCAUCUCGGAAGGCUAAACGAUAAAGACAAACAUCAAUUUGCAUGCUCUAGCAUUUCUCAUUUCCUUCUUCGGCACACUGAUCGUUGAGUGUUCGGAUUACACAGCAUUAUCCGACUACAUGUGUUUAGAGUGAAAUGAGAAUGAGCUCAGCAUCAGGUUUGUUGAUUUCUCUCAAAAAGUUGGCAGCUGACGAAGAACACUGCGCCUUCUACUUUUCUUUUGAGAGCUCAAGUGAAAAGAGAUCAUAAAACUACAAUUCUCGAAAACAAAUUUUUUAGUUUUAAAGCUUCUAUAAUUCAUUUGAAAAACACAUGUGUUUGCUUUUCAACUCUCAAACACAAGUUCUCAGCUGAAAGAAAGCCGUUCGUGCAUUAUUCAUAUCCCUUUCCUCUUUGCCGUCCUCGUAAUUAGCUGCGCAGUCGUAGGCCCUGCGAGACCCUAUUCGGUCGAAAAGUCUCCCGGACAACAUACGUCGACCCAUUUGCACUCGGGGUCGUCCGCUACGUUCUCGACGAGUCGUUUGUCCUCCAAAACGGCCCCCGCUCUCACCGAGAAUAGAGGACGCCUCAUAAUGGCUGCUGACGCGUUUCCCGUGCACUCCCACCCGCCGUUUUGUUUUUUUUUUGUGCCGAACCGCCGCGCUAUUUGAAUUUUUCGCGCUGAUAUGACAAUUUUUAUCAGUUGUGGCCAGCAAACAAAUAGAAUUCGGUCCGCGAGUACUAAUUUCCGGCGAAACAGUGUAGCUUGAUGCCAAGUCCUCUUCUUUCCGCUUUUUGUCAUAUAAUAAUUAUACUCUUUUUUUCAGCUAAGCUCGUCUUCGUGCCAUGGUUGUGGAAUAAAAUGGCAUUUAUAAAACGGAAAACGGUGAAAUUCUCAGUCGAUCUUCAAGUGAGUUUUUAAAAAGUUUUUAAUCCUAUCUCUAUCUUAUAAACAACUUCUACAGGUAUGUCACUUAUCCGAUGUUCCCCUUGUGAAUGCAAUUGUGUUCAGCAAAAUGCGCUUGCUUGACGGCGGAUCUUUCGAAGAAGCGACCGAGAGAGUUGAGGUGAGUAUUACACUUGUCAGUCGGUCGAAAAUUGAAACCGGUCGCGUUUUGUAGGUAAAAAACCACAGCGCGUCGUUCCACACUCGGUUUGUCUUCUGCUGUCGGAUCCCGUGCGACCAAACUUCGGGGACACUCGAGAAAUGUCUUUGUCGGGUAUCCAUCAGAAAGGUCAGGCGAAAUUUGAUAACAUUUACUCAAAAAUAACUGGUUUUAGGAGCAGAAAGGUGGAAAGUCAUUCUACAAGUUGGGAUUUGUCGACAUAAAUCUCUCGGAAUUCGCCGCGUCAGGAGUUGAAGGUAAUGCGCAGAGUCAGCAUAAAAAGUAGCUAUGCAUUUUUACAUCUUCUAGGCCUCUCAAGAACGUAUCUACUCAACGGCUACACAAGCAAUCAACGACUGGACAAUUCAAAAGUGUGCAUCAAGAUCGCCAUGUCUCAUCAAAGUGCCGAUCCGUUCUUCAGAGUGUGAGCUAGAUUUGCUUGGAGAACAAUUUAGUUAAAAUAUAUUUUCAGACCCCGUCUUUCGACAUUCGGACCUCGAGAAGACGGAGCAAUCGAUCAAGAAGGGUUUCGAGCUCUGGAUGACGAUACUGACUCCGAGGAAGGCACUUCCCACCCAAAGCAAUCUGUAAUCGACCCUCCAGGUAGCGUUCCGAUAAAAUCAUGACGUGGAUUGUCAUGUUCUCUUUUUAGAAAGUUCAUCCGGUGCCAGCAGUUCAAACGUAGAAGAACUCAACCCGGACCGUCGUAGCGGGCACCAAGGCAACCAAAUAUGCCAGCUUCGACGAUUUAGCCAAGAUCGAUCGGCGCAGAAAAUACUUCACUCUAGGUAUAUUUAUCUAUUUUUCACCUAUCAACCCAAUUCACUUCUAUUCAGAUUCGACCCCGACAAUGUUAUCGACAAAAUCAUCUCCGAGUGCCGAAUCUCGGAGGAUGAAGUAGAGGGGACUAAUGAUGGAUUAGUAUUAGAAAAGUUUUUGGACAAGAACGGAAGGCCACUUGUGACGCCCCGACUGCCGACCAAACGAGGAUCGUACGCGUCGGAGCAUUUCGAAGUUUAG